AUGGCUGCAUUUAUUUCGCGUAGUCCACUUGAGCGACAAGACAACGACAAAGGAGCAAUGGCACAAUUGGGACAGCACAUGGCUGAGCUAUUGCAUGAAUUGGGAUUUGUUAUCGAGGCUGCAGCGACAGCUCCACAACAGCCACUUGAGCCAGAACCCAAGAAUAAGAGAAGGCGAGACAACAGUGACGAUGAGGAAACCCAAGAAUCAAGGACGUACAAUUGUGAGCUUGAGUUUGAAGUCACAACUGGGGGUGUGGAUGCUGCAGACCAAACUAGAGAUGACUCUGUGGAUAGCAACGGUUCCGACAAAGAGUACGAGCCAGCAAACGAGUUUACCGUGAGUUUACGUCUCGUCUACGUAAUCAAGCCGGAGAUCAGUCUAGUCGACAUACCCAUAAACAUGUACAUUACUAAGUCAGAGUUGAUCAAAUACUUGAUGGAUCGAUUAGUGCUACGACGGAGUGAGGACGCAGCAGCCACUGAUUUGUACUCAAUACAGUCCAAGAUCAAGAAGUUGUUGAGCUUGGUUGGUGUUCGAUGCUGUAUUGAUGGAUGUGAGUUGGACUUGUAUAGAGGAGAUGGAUUUUAA